UAAGGGAGUAUUUAAUUUGCCCUGACAAGAGCUUAAUGAAUUUCUGUGUUGAACUGUGUCUAAGUACUAUGUCUUGCUCAUAGAAGAACAGUAUUUUUGUUCCUGUUGGUGCUAGGCUGAUACAGACACUCUGAUGCUGAUUUUUGUCACAGUGAACUUUAAGAUUUGUGGCCAUGGGCUUUCCAGUACUUCUCCUUGCCCCAACCCACUAUGAAAAUGGAGUUGGAAAGGAAACUGAAAAGGCCUUUUCAGUGAUACAGAAAAGCAGAACUUGCCUCAGAGGUAGAAAGAAAUGAUCGUUCUUGCCACAGGAGAUUGUCCUGUUGGUGUUGUUUGUGUCAUCACCUAUCCUACUUUCAACAACUUAUAAUAGGAAACAAAUAAGCAUUGGGAAAAACUAAAAGGUGUGCAAACCAAGUGAUCCAUCUGUGAAGAUGUAGGGAAUAAAGUGUUAUUCUAAAAAAGUUUUUUUCUUUGCUCUGGUGGUGUUGGUUUUUUAUUAUUUUGAAAACAUUGUUAAAGGAAUACAUAGUUUUCCCCAGAAAUAACUAUUUAUUUUUUCUCUGAACCUCUGAUAAACCUUUUUUAGUCACUUAGAGCAAUGCAGAAAAGGCUGUUUAGUGCUGACCUAAAGGAAAUCUUGUCUAUACAUUGAACCUUGAUGGCAAUACAGGGUGAAAUUGUUGUUGUGGUUCCUCCCCUCCUGCCCUUCUCUCCAACAGAAGUCUGUCUUCUCUUGGAAGUAGGAAUACUGAAACCACUUGUCAGUGGUAGAAAACAUUUUUGUCUACAUCUAUACUACAGAAAUAUUGGAAUUAAGUAUUUUUCUCAAAUUAAAGUGACUCCAAAAGGUGAAUAUUUUUAAGUACUGUUUUCUUCCACUCUGAGCAACCACUUGUCCUAUUUUUCCUUUGGUCACAAAAGAUUCAACAUGCAGAUUAUUUGCCCUUUCAGUGAAAUGGGGUUGGAAAGGCUUUGAACUGUGUUUAUUACCACUUUUGUCACUAUCCCUGUUUUUUCUCUGUUUAUUUUGACUGCAAUGGUAGCUUUAUCUUCCCAAUCCCCCCCCAAAUGGAAUCCAAAUGUUGGGGGAUUGCUACUGUUCUGCGAUGCAAAUUGGCUUUUUAUUUUGUGAUGUAUAUAGGGGAAGGAUUUGAAGUAGUGUCUGCAUGCAGUAUUUCGGGGUAUUUACUUAUUUUUCGGCUUAAUUGGAUCAGUUGUUUUUGUUGGGUCUUGAUGCUGGCAGUAGUCCAGUGUGCUUCCAGUGUUAUCUUUCAUGCACUGGAAAGCUUUGAAUAUAUCUUUUUUGGGUGAUGACCCAUCUAUCAACACCUGUGUGUGUGGUUGUUUAUUUUUUGGGUUUUUUCUUCCCUCUUCCAGGUAGCACAUUGCAGAGUCAGAGUUAGGUGUUUUCUCUAAGCUGGCUUUAGCCCCAGUGCUGUUGCAGAAGGGGGAGACGCUCUGAGCUGCCCCCAAUGCACACGCUUCCCACUCUGCCCCUUUCCACCCCACACACCCAUAGCCACCUGUGGGGUCCUCUGUGCUGGAGAAAUUCUGUGUUUUAAAGGCUUUUAUAUGCAGCUUUUGUGAGACCAGAAGCUGAUGGUGAGGCAAAGAGCAGAGGAGCUCUCCCCUCUGACAAGCAAGAGGAGGGGAAAGUUCAGCCAAAUAGGGGAGAAAGUCUUCCUCUUUUUUUUUCUUUUUUUUUUUUUCCUUAAUUGUUGUUAAAUUGAACUCUCUGCAUAAUAAACUUGCUGCUUGGGUGGUAACUUGGUGGCAGAAUGUUUAACAUAACCUUUAAUAAUGAGGGUCGUCACAAGAACAAGGCUGAAAUAGUACAAGUAACAGUGAUCGGGGCUAUCUGUAAGCUUGCAUCUUUUAGCAAAAGUUCACUUAGGAAUAAUAGAGAAGUGCUAAGAAGAAUUUUUAAGGUGGUGCUUGUAAUGGAUAAAGUCUUCUAACUAUGAUAAUAUAUACUAUCUAGUUCCUAAAUAUCCCCAAAGCAAAUAUUAUAAUUUUUGCUGGUUUAGUUUUUUUCUAAUUAAUUUUGUGGCAUGUGGCAUUACAUUUACCAGUUGCUAUGCUCUUGUCUUUUCCUUGUAUAGAUAUAUAUUUGAAUUAAUAGGGGCUCUUCAAAAAACAAAACGAAACACUAUUUUGAUGUUCAUAGGUGCAAGUUUGAAGUGUUCAGCACUAAUCGCUAUGUAGGAAGAAGGGCUUUCAUAUUACAGCCAUUUUUUGAAUGGAAGAAAAAGACGAGUGUGGCUCUGAAUCAGAGUUCAACAUGGAUUUUGUUCGCAGAAAUACUGUCCACUUAGUCAGUACAAGUGUGGACAAUAUCAAACAUGGAAUUGUUGAGGAAGAAAAUCAGUGCAUCCUUGGACUCCUGAAGGAAGAGCUUUCCUGAUGGGACUACUUUCAAGGGUGGAGUGAAAAGCAGAUUCACAAAGAUCCAGCACUGACACUUGAAAGGUAGUUCUGUAAAUGCUGGUUAAUGUAGACGUGUUUCUGAGAGAAGUGCUGAGACCCCAACAAUAGCUACCAGCUUUUCAUUUAAUAUUUAGAUAUGAAUUUUCUAUGCUUGAUGGAGAUGGAAAAAGAUGAAAAACAAGCUGGCUUCCUGGAGAAAGAAGGUGGCAAUUAUUUAAUGGAACUUUAUUACUGUGGAACCAUGUUUUGAAUGCUUCUCCUAGACAUCUUGACAAAUGUCCUACAUAUCAGGAGAUUGAUAUGCUUGGAAACCUGGCUCAUCAAGCAGUGUACACUGGAAGAAGCCUGCUUGGAAUAUGACUUUUUGUAUUGUUUCUGAAAGUCUGUGAGAAAGCACUAUAGGCAUCUACCUGUUGUUUUUUAAGUCUGCAUCUCAAUUAAGCUACAGCAAAACUAGUCUUUGAAGUGAAUAGAACCAGAGCCCUUUUGGAAACUUUUAUUGAACAUGACUCAUGGAGAAGAGCUUGGCUCUGAGAUGCACCAGGAUUCUGUUGUUCUAACUUACCUAGAGGGAUUACUAAUGCAUCAAGCAGCAGGAGGCUCAGGUACUGCGGUUGACAAAAAGUCUACUGGGCAUAGUGGGGAGGAUCAAAGCUUGAAGAUUUCUGGAAAUAUAUUUCCCAGCUGUCAAAGUAAUGGUCCAGUUCUUAACACAAAUACAUAUCGGGGAUCUGGCAUGCUGCACCUCAAAAAAGCAAGACUCUUGCAGUCUUCUGAAGACUGGAAUGCAGCAAAGAGAAGGCGGUUGUCUGAUUCCAUUGUGGAUUUAGAUGGGAAAAAGGAAGCUUUGUUAGCUGGCAUGGUUGAAAAUGUGCCUAAAGGCAAACAGGAUAGCACAUUACUUGCCUCUUUGCUUCAGUCCUUCAGCUCCAGGCUGCAGAGUGUUGCUUUGUCACAGCAGAUUAGGCAGAGCCUUAAGGAGCAAGGGUAUUCCCUUAGCCAUGAUUCUUUACAAGUGGAGAAAGAUUUAAGGUGCUAUGGUGUUGCAUCCAGUCACCUCAAGACUCUACUGAAGAAGAGCAAAGCAAAAGAUCAGAAGCUGGACAACAGCCUGCCUGAUAUAACAAAGAACCUGCCCAAGGAGAGGUUUAUAGAAUCUCCUCAUGCGGCGCAGAGCGGACCUAAAGUGAUAAAUGAGCCACUGUCGUGUGCUGCAAGAUUACAAGCUGUUGCAAGCAUGGUCGAGAAACGAUCUAGUCCCGCUGCUUCACCAAAGCCCAGCGUAGCGUGCAGCCAGCUAGCUUUACUCCUUUCAAGUGAAGCUCACUUGCAGCAGUACUCCAGGGAACAUGCUUUAAAAGCACAAAACGCGAAUCAAAUAGCAAGUGAGAGACUUGCAGCUAUGGCCAGAUUACAAGAAAGCACUCAGAAAGAUAUUGGCCAGUUCGGUUUAGCGAAAGGAAUGACAAGCCAUCUCAAUGGUCAGACAGGAUCCUCAACCAAAACAGUAUCUAGCAAAAGCAGUGUGGCACCAUUUCAAAGUUCAGUGGGAGUCAUGCAUUCGCCUCCCAAAACUGUGGGAUACAAAAGUACUUUGGAAAGGAGUAACCUGAAAACCUCUCCCAGCAACAGUUUGCUCUUGCAUCUACUGAAAAGCCAGAAUACAACCAAACAUGUAAAAGGGCACGAACAGGGUGAGAGAGGCAGCAUUUUUGAAGACAGCAGCACGCCGACGACUAUUGAUGAAUAUUCCGACAACAAUCCUAGUUUUACAGAAGAUGACAGCAGUGAUGACGAAAGCUCCCAUUCUAACUGUCUUCCUAUAGAUCUAUCCUUUAAACAGAGGACAGAUAAACCAGAUGCGGGUCCGCCUGCAUCGCUGGAUAACCUGACUCAGUCUUUGCUUCAUAGCUGGGAUCCAAAAGUUUCCUCUCCAGAGAUCAAGGAAGAAAAAGACACUCCAAAAGCUUCUAAGCUGAAUCCUCAUCAGAAAGUAACGCUACUUCAGCUGUUACUUGGGCAUAAGAGCGAAGAAAAGGUAGACAAGAAUAAUGACCCUCAGGGACCACACAGUGCAGCUGAUGUGGCUAAAUUCACUGUACAGACUGGUAAAAGGACUCCUGUUACUGACAGCCCCAGUGCAAAUCGAAUGACUCCGUUAAGCACUCCACCUUUGCUGGCUGCUACAAAAGCAGACUCUCCUAUAAAUCUCUCGCACCAGUCUUUAGCCAUCAAGCGUAGCUCACCACCGUAUGCCUGCAGCAUCCAGCCGGAGAGGCUGGUGAAUCCCGCAUCUAAACAUUUGAUAGACCUUUCCAAAAGCAAAGAAAUUCAAGGAGCCAAGCUGAGCAGGAACAGUAGCCCCCAGGACUCCUCGGCAUUCAGUGCCAGCAAGCUGCUGCAGAACCUCGCUCAGUGCGGCAUGCAGACUUCCAUGUCAAGUGAAGAACAAAGAGGUACCAAACAGCUGCUAGCAGGGAACACGGAUAAACCCGUUGGCUUGAUUGAUAGAUUGAACAGCCCUCUGCUUACGAAUAAAUUGAGUACGCAUGAAGAAAAUAACAAAAUAUUCAGUUGUCAGCCUGCACCUGCUGAACAAGGACUUCCAGGUUCGGAAAUAGAAAAUCUCCUUGAAAGGCGCACUGUCCUUCAGCUGCUUCUGGGAACUCCCAAUAAAGGUAAAAGUGAAAAGAAAGAGAGGAUGCUUUUAAGAGAUGAAAGUUCUCAAGAACAGACAGAUAAGGCUUUGAGUGAGCAAAUAUUGACGGUGAAAAUAAAAACUGAACCAUCUGAAGAAUCAAAUGUUCCUUAUAAUUCAAAUGCACAACAAGUAAGAGAGUGCAAGGGUAACAAAUUUGAAGGGUUUGUUCAUUCACUGCAGAGGAACACAGCUGCUUCUCCAGCAUCCGAGGAGUUGAAAUCUGAGCCUCAUUCACCUCAAGAUUUCUCUUUUUCCAAAAACGGCCUGCUAAGUAGGUUGCUGAGACAGAGUCAAGACAGUUACCCUGCAGAUGAGCUGGACAGAAGUCACCGAAACAAUGAGCUGACACACCUCGAAUCAAAGAAUCUUUGCACGGUACCGAAGAAGAGGAAGCUUCAUGCUGAGCCUUUGGAAAGUCCAUUAAAAAAGAUGAAAGUCAAUGUGUCUGCUGCAAACAAUCACGCUUCUCCUACUGAGGCACUGUAUGGGCCUUUACUUAACCAGCAAGAACUGAAAUUCAGCAGAAGUGAUGCUGAAUUUAAAUAUGCUGUAAGUCAUGGUUCAAAUAAUGAAAGCGAAAACAGGAGUUGGUCUAGAGAUGGUAAAGGCUUUAAUGUGUUGAAACAGCUGCUUCUCUCAGAAAACUGUGAGAGAGAUCUGUCACAACAUAGGAAUAACAUACUAACAGAGGGCAGGAAAAAAGGAAACAAAACCAGUGCAACAAUUAUUAAACCUGAAUUCAGCAUUUCUUCAGUGGGUACAUUAAUGGGAAGCCCUGUGCAACAGAACAGUUGUGUAGAUCAUAGAACAUUUCAGUAUCCUGUAGCAGUAAAAAGUCCUGCCAGUUCCCCCUUCCCUGAGUACAGGGAGUUGGGGAACACAAUAUCUAGAGUCGAGUCCGACCAGUAUAGCAUGUGUCCCAGUGAAAAAGGGCCCAUCAGAUGGGUGAUCACAGGUAUGGACAAGAAUGAUUAUGAAAAAGACUCCCCGAGACUGACCAAAACCAAUCCAAUAUUAUACUACAUGUUACAGAAAGGCGGCAACUCUGUCAGUAGCCACGAAGCACAUGACAAAGAAAUCUGGAAUGACCCUUCAUUUGCUGAUAGUUCAACUCAAGUUACAGUCAAAGAGGAGUUGACAUCUGACGCAGAGCUUAAAACCCCUUUCAGUAACUUAAGAAGUCCUUACAACAGCCAUAUGGGGAGUAAGACCUCCCAUCAACAUGGUGUGAAUGGACAAGUGCACGGACUUCUGGAAAAAGUGCUAACAAUCAAAAAAGAGCCAGAAUAAACUGCAGCCUCCUCAAUGAGUUUACAAUCAGUGGUUUUGAAUCUUUGUUUAAAAAAAAAAAAAAAAAGAAAAAGAAAAAAAUAAAAAUGAGUAUGAACUUGACUGCUGUAUAAAUUUAGCAUGAUUUUAGAAAAGCAUGGUCUAAUUGAAACGUUUUCAUUUGAUAAACUUUUUAUUUUUCUGGUGAUGUUAUUUAAAAUACAUGUAGAUAAAAUUUGCUUUACAAUAGAUUGUCACAAGGAAACUAGAAAGGUUGUAAUUUGUACAAGACAUUUCUGUAUGCAUCAGAUUAAGUUACGAGUACUCUUUGAUCAGAGUCUUAUUUGGAUCUGCAAGUUUUUGGUAUAACAUACAGUGUAAGCGUACAGCCUAGGUGGUGGUAAUGCUGCGUUUCCCUCCCUCCCUGUAAAAUAAUCCUUAUUUUUUGGAAGCCUGAGCAUAUAGACAGUAUACUUUUUUUUUUUUAAUGUUUUGUGAAAUUUUAAGAAUAACUUUUAAGAAGUGGAGCAGUCCGUCCAAGGUAUUAGCUCAUGAUAUUGGAAAACCUGUGUCAGUGUUAAUAAUUGAAAUGCACUGAAAUGUAUUUUUUAGUGCUUCCAAAAUUUUUAUUGUUAUUUUUAAAUCUUGUUUGUGGUUCUGCCAGAAUAGUGGUGUAAAAAAUCUAUUUUUCUUCCUUGCCCUGCUCUUGACAAAUGCCUUCUUCAGAAUCCUUAGCCAUAGUGAAGAGUUACUAGUUACAGUUAAGGGUUUUUUCUAGGUUUUUAUACAAAAGGCAGAGUUUUCGUAGGCCAUGCAUGUGCUGCAUGAGUCCUUUUGUCAGUGCAUUCCUGCCACUUCCCUGCUUCAAAGUGGAAAGCCAAAAUGCCUCUUGGAGUGGUCUGAUUAAGAAAGCUUAGUACAUAUAUUUGGUGAAGAAAAAGGUGGAAAGUUUUGAAGUGGAUGAGAAUUGUCUGUUUAGCACCAUCCUGCUUCCCCUGCAGAAGAGUUCUAGCCACGCUAAAGCAGCACAUCAGGCUUCCGCUCAAAGAUGGAAUAGGAUUCUAAUGAAAAAUGUGUUGGCCUCUUCCUACAACCAGGGAAAAGAAUCCAUAUUCUGCCAAUAUUUAUUACUCUCUGAACAGCUGAUGCAUGGUUUAAUGCACUACCCUUUCACUGCAGAAAACCUGGUUUUAGAAUAAUUUCUCAGGUUGCACUGAGGAUAAAAUUGUGGUUUUGUCGUGUUCUGUAAUGGAUGGUGGGACAGGCCUGAGAAAUCCUCCUCUGCCCUUUUCCUCAAUCCCCACCUGUGCUGUGAUUUGUAACAUCUGGCAAUAUCAGCCUGAGAUGGGAGUAGCUGAAAAUUGCAGUCAAAGCUGAGACACCUUAAAGAAUUGCUGGUUGGGGAGGAGCCGUGUGGCUCUGCUUUCCUCUUAGCACUGUCUGUGUUAACUCCGUUUGCAGCCUUUGUGUCUCGGGGGAAGAGGAGGACAGAAUCCAGUUUCUCUAAAUUAUGUGCAUUGUUGGCAACCACAAGUUUUGCUGAACUUUUUAUUCCUGUGAAACAAAGGUUCUCUGUAGCUUCCAAUUUCACUGAUAAUCCCCUAUGCUAUCAGCAAACAGCGAAGUAUUUGACUUGCACAGAUAAUGAAAGCUACAUUUUAAUUUUGACCGUUUUCACCACUGAGAGCCGAUGACAUGACACAACUGCUGUUUCUGUCCAUCUCAUGUUCGCGUAGGAGAGAUGAGUGAUGGGGCAUUUUGCUCUUUUCCUUUCUGGUUUGGUUUCAGAGAACCUUUUCCCUGACUGCUGGCUUGCUGAGACAGAGUGAGCUGUUGUCCCCCUCUCGUUCUCUGUCCCCUGCCUGGGAUCAGGUUCCCUUCUUUCCAAUGCAGUCCCUACUGAGAGGCACGUCUCCUGUCUGCCAGCUGGAAAAUACACCACUAUUCUGUUUUGCCCCCGUGGGGGAUACCUUCUUUUAGGGAACACAAAUAUUUGGCGGUAUCCGAUAUAAAACAUUCCCCCUGGUUUAUAUGAGAAAUAACAGAGCGAUUUAAAGAUAUAUUUUUAUGUUAUUUGGGUGAAGCGUAAUAUAUUAAUGGGCUGUACAAAGAAGAUUUAUAUUUUAAAACCUUCAUGCAAAUCUAGUAUCAUUUUAAAUGUCAUUGUCUGAAGUAUAAUAUAAAAAUAAAAUUUUGUUUGUCUUUAAUAUUGCAUUUGUAAGUGGCCCAGUGACAAUUCAGGUGUCUCAUAGAAUAAUCAUUAACACGAUAAAGUAUAUUUUGGAUUGACAGUGGAACUGAAUUGUUUUUAUAUGAGUCAACCCAGCAGAAAUAUUAAAGAGAUGGUAUUUGUUCCAUCCGUUAGAUGUCUCUUAAAGUCUUAAUUGAUUAUUUUUCUUGAAACCACAUGUAUAUAGCUAGGAAAUAUAUACAAUAUAAAAUAAUAGAUGGUCCCCGGAGUAAAUACAGGACUAUAAUUUACUUGAAUGGCUUCUCAGAAAAAUGCAGCUUGAACGGAUGUGAAAUAAUCUGGUUGGAAAAACUUCACCAAAACAAAGCUGAGAUGAAAAGUAGGGAGGGGAGUCACAAAAAGUAACAUUGGAGUCUAGGAGUGUGCUUACCUAUGUAUUUAUUCUAUGGUAGUCUAUUGUUAUGAUACAUACUUUUGAACAUUUAGUUUUUCAAGUUUUAUAAAACAUUUAAGUUAAAAUGUUAACAGUUUGACCAGUUAAUGAUUUAGCUUUUGUUUUAGGUCAUGUUGAUGAAAGGGUAUUACCAUUCUCACAGACGUCAGUAAACUCUAAUACACAAGAAUUUAAGUUUAGGACAUGCUAUUCAUGGAAGAAUCUUGCCUCUUGUAGCCAUUGCAAUCUUGACCAGCAGGCAAAGACAAGAAUAAGGCUGUUGAGAGAGGGUAGGGCAUGCCAACUGGUUGUUCACCAGUUGGCUGCCAUGAGGACAAAUUUUCUAUAUUAAAUUCUCCGGUAUUGCUGAUGUUACCCCACCCUAGGGAAGAGAGGUUUCCUUCAACAUCUACCCUGUCUGCAGGUACAGCCUUUAAACCUGAGGACCAAAGGCUUUUAAAUAAUUUUUUUUAUCUUGUAGCAUGGGUGAGUAAAAAGGAGUCACCAUUGUUUUCCUUGGGGACUUUUCCAUCGGAAAAGAAGGGUGCAGGAGCUGGGUUUGCUGCACCAGCAGAAGGGCCGGUAGGGCUGGCCAGGUUUUCCCCAGCAGCUCAAAGAUCCUUGAUUUCCACCAGUCCCUGCAGAUGAAUGGCAAACCAAGGUCAUCUGUUGAGUAACACUUGGUAUUCUCAGCAACUCCCGUCUCCUUGGUGCAGUAGAUGUUUACUAGUAGGAUAUGUGUUUCGGCUGUCCCGAGCAUGCUUCCUUAGUCUGUGGGAGUGGAAGCUUCAAAGAUAGCUCUGCCAGCUGAGGAGGCUGAAGUUUCAGCUGGGCCUUUAGACCUGAAGGAAAAUGAGGGUUCGUUCAGAUAUGGGCAGCAGUAGCAGUGUAGGCCGGGAGGUGCAGGAUUGAUGGGUGCAGUUGCAUGAUCUCACCAUCAAAGGAGCGCAGGGAGGGAGGAGGGGAGAACAUCACACAGCUAUAGCUGCCUCUACCUCAUGCAGCAGCCAAGAAGUGAGCUAGGGAUGUGUCUAUACCAUGCUCAAAGUUGUAAUUGCAACCUCUUGAGAGUUACACCUGGAUUAACUUCAACCUCACUUAGAGCAGUUGCAGCAGCAGGGUUGCCAAGUGCCCGGUGCCUUGCUUGAGGCUCAUGCCGCUUCACCCGCAGGGGUGGUGUAGCGCCCAAGCUAGCUAGAUUUGGGGAUUGACUUGUAAUUGCCACACAGAUAUGCCUUCUCUUUCCAGAGGAAAGUGAGCAGGACUGAGAUAACCAGAUUUCUAGUGUCCUCUCUGCCAAAGUUUGAGGAAAUGAUGGGGGGUAACACAGGACCGCAGAAUCAAAGGUGUUUUGCUGGAGGGCUUCUCCAUUGAUGCCACGUAACCAGGCGGCUCAGUUUGAGAAGUUUAUAAAUGUUACAAGAUCAAAAGGGAAUUCAGCCAUAACUUUCACUUUUCUUAGUCAUUUACUCUUAGUAACGUUUUUAAAUUUUUAAUUUACAAAUGUUUUUAAAAGAAAUAAAUGAACGGUUUAAAUUUUCCCUGUUAAAUGUUGGUGAAAGUAUGACAGCUCUCAUUGACGUCAGUGACAUGAUAUUACCAGUUUGUUCUCUGCCACAUCUUACAGAGGAGUAAACUGGUAAGUAUAUAUUAUAUAUAUUUAUACAUAAUGUAAAUAUAUUGACUUGUUACACCUAUAAUAUGUUGAAAUUGGUUUUUAAAAGGUGAUGUAAAUAGUGGUUUCCUUAAUGAAAAAUACAUAUUUUGUAUUGUUCUAAUGCAAAGGAAAAAAACCUUUUAACCUUUUUUUGUUAUGUAUAUUCAAUGUAUAAGUGUAAAUAUGAUCACAUAGGUUUAAAAUCUUUGCAUGUAUGUAUACAGUUGCAAGUCUGGAAGAAUGUAUAGAAAAAUACUUUUAUUUAAAGUUGUGAUUACCUGCUGCAUGAAAAGUGCAUGGGGGACCCUGUGCAUCUGUGUGUUGGCAAAAAAUGUCUUAACAAGUCAGGUCAGUUCAAAACACGACAGUAUUCCACUUCUGGACAUGACUUCUGCUGUGGUAUUUUCGCUUUGUGAGAGAAUGUGCUUCAAAUCAAAAGGGUCUGGGAAAAAAAAUGCAAAACUGCUUUUAAAACAUGAAGUACUCGUACAACUAUAAUCAGUCAUGUAAGUUCAGGACUCCAUUUUGCGUAAUUGAAAUAAUGUACCAGGACUAUUCCAUCCCUGUAAAACAAAGGAAUCUUGAUUUUCUUUGCCAUGCAUAAGAAUUUGGGAUUUUUCCACAACCAAUUUUAUUGUGAUGUGUCUUCAGUAAUUUAUCUAACUGGUCUCAUUUUUUUAAUUAGAAAUUAAUUUCCUCAUGUGAUGUCACAAAACUGUACAUACUGCAGUGUGAAGUUUUUUUAAAUCUUUCAGUGUUUACUUCCUGCAGAAGAUUUGAAUAAAUGAGAAAAAUGCAUUGUC